GUAAAAGUCCGCUGAUUUGCUGCAUAGAGCGGGUUGCACACCUUAGCGAUUGACACCGUACACCCACGACUGCGUGCGAUCGGUUUCUUCAGCCAUAACGCUGGACGAGCGCUGCAGCAGCAAAUCCGUAGCGCACAACACGAUUUCCAGCGCCAGCGCGCGCGACGAGACGGGUCGCACAGCAUCGCUCCUUGUGUCGGACCGCGGAGCUGAAGCAUGGCGACCAGCAUGCAAGACGUAAGUGCCACGGCGGUGGCGGAGGCCUCGGACGGCCUGCAGCCCUGGGCCGGCGUGCGCGGCGGCGGUGGCAGAAAAGUAGACCCGUUUAUGGACCGCUCUCGGCCGGAGGACAUUGUGCCGUGCCGGGGCACCUACGGCACCGAGGGCUUGCCGGCGAUGGUGCUGCUCGCGCAGUACUUCGGAAAUGCGAAGCGCCUCGCAAGCGUGGCUACUGUCGUGACGCAGCUCGUCCACGGCCCAAACGCGUUCGGCGUCUCCUACGAUGUAGAAGCGCUCCGCCGCGAAAUUAACCGGUGGUUGUCGCUCGGCCCCGACCAAUCCACUACGUUGAUCGACGAGAUCCUGCGCCAGCACCGCGAGUGGGUCAUGGGCGGCGAGGAGGGCCCCUUCGCGAAACUGGGCGAGGUCCUGUACCACCUCAAGUUCUUCCGCUACGAGGAGCGCGGCGAGGAGACGCACCACAUCGUCGACGGCGAGCUCAUCGCGGAGCUGCGGCGAAUCUGCGCGGCGCUGACGUCGGAGCAAUCGCACCUCACGGGCGUGUGCCACAUCGAGAUGGCGUUCCUCACCUUCUUCAACAUGGCCGUGGGCGACGAGAAGCUGCGGGAGUUAUUAAUAUUCGUGUUCGCCCACUGCCUCUUCGGCGCGGUCGGCAUGGCCGUCGCUUUGAAAUUAUUGAAGGGCUUCCGGAAGCAGCUCUCGGCCGUCGCGUUCGACGAGGAUUUGUUGAAGGCGCGCCGGGCCCUGGUUUUAGCUCUGGACGGCGGCGUCGAGGCGACGAUCGCGGCCGCGGUCGCGUCCUUCAAGACCGCGUGGGCGUCCGUCGAGAAGGAGGCGGUCAAGGCCUACCCGCACGACGCCUGUGUCGCGCUCCACCACCAGAUGCAGAAGGUGGACCUCGUCGAGCACAAUAGACAGCUCGGCGAGGUGCUGGAUGUGCUGAAGACGGCGACCGAGCCUGUGAUGAUCUUCGUGGCGCCGAAGGACAUAGUCUCUUACUUCGGUCAGAAGCCCGAGACGUUGAGAAUCCUCCGCUGUCGCUUUGAUCCCGGCGCCAUCACCACGGCUCUCGAGGGCCUCCAUAAACUAAAUAACUCGCAAGCGCUAUUGUCGAACGCCGUCGCGCUCCUCGUGGCGAUGGGGAACUACGGCACGUCGGGUGAGGUCGACGCGGACCUCAUGGACCACCUGCGUGGAUGCGGCAAGGGGUGCCAGCUAGACAUCUACGCGCAUAUUUUCUAUGGCCUACGCCAUAGCGCUCUUAUGUCGUCGAUUCAAGGCGACGUGGCGGUCUUUGAUCCCUCAGGGGCCCGCUGGGUCGUCGCGCGGCGGCCGGGCGAAGCCGCUCUGGUGCAUGCGCUGCGUCAGAAAGUUCAACUUGGACCGUCGGGAUGGCGCGUCGACCUCCACGCCGUCGAGACCGCGCGUUUGCGAAAGGGAGAGUGUUGUUUUGAGGGUUACUUCGCGCAGGUGUACAGCUUCGAGGAUAUGGCGCGGGACGCCGGCUACGAAAGCGUCCAUGAAUUCCUGCAGGACGCGCGCAACUCCUACGACGUCACGGAGAUGCGCGCGGUCGUCCAGUUUAGGGACGAAGCGCGGUUGUUUGACGAGCGCUACGAGCCGCCGAAAGAUGCGUUACGAGCGAAGCACCUCGCGUUGAUGGCGCGGCGGGCGGCGCGGACGCUCGCGGGCCAAGAGAAGGGCGGGUCCCUCUCGAGGACGACGGUUGUUUUAGCUGGGACGCAGUCGUACUACGCCGAUGGGCAAUUGAGAGAUUCUAACCCCGGAGCGGCGGGCGUGUUCGGCGCGCGCGUCUCGUUUGUGGGGUGGCGGCGCUGGUCUUCGAAGGACGAACUCAUCGACUGGCUCUGCGACGAGGGCGCGGACGUCCUCGAUUAUGAGUUAACGACUGGCACGGCGGAGCUCGCGGCGUUCCUGGGGUCGUCGGAGAGCAUUGACGAGCUCAAAGAUAGACAGUACCUGUGCCUGAUCCCGGACAACUGGCCGGCGCCGAGGGCAUUCACUAAAGUUACUGAGGUGCUCCAACGGUUCGUGUAUGACGACAGGUGCUACCGCGAGAGCGUCAUGGAUAGAUUCUUCGCGUCGGGCGCGGCGUCCUUCUUUGAGUGGAGGCGGCGCGACGACUGCACGGUCUUCGAAAAGAGGUAUGAGGAGGUCGAUAACGGCCUGGGAAGCACGUGCCGCCGCUUGGUACGGUUGGCCCGCGCGACUGGCCCGGACGGCGCCCUGUACCAGAUCGGCGUCGACCUCGCGUUAGUACGCCGGUCGCCGCGGGAAGUACCGGCACCGGCGCCCGCGGCCGAGCCCGCGCCUUUGGAUGAAGAUUUGGAUGAAGAUAUGGAGGAUGUGACUACACGCGCCGAUCCGCCGAAGUGGACCCAAGGCUCGCGGUUUGCGAACGCGUUGGAGUUGAUCUUCGCGGCGAACCCCACGCUUAUCUGUGACCCGCCGCCGAACAGUAGAGAAAGGUGGGCGAUUGCGAAGCGGCUCUGCAAACCCAACCCAUCGACGGCGCCCGACGACGUCGACCUUUUCAAUAGAGCCUUUCAGUGGGGCGACGAUCAGUGGAUCGCGUGGCACGACGCGAACGACGUCGAUUCAGAGGAAGACGAAGAGGAGGAGGAGCCGGCGGACGACGAUCCGUUCGCCGAGCACAACGUGCCGUAUGCGGGAGAGCUCACUCGACCGCGGCUCCUGGAGCUCUACGGACUCAAGUUCGGAGGACCGCCGCCGAAGCAAAACUACGAGAUUAGGAUGUUCCCGGGCAGCUAUCUUGACUGGGUACGGUACAAGAUCGUCAACGACUAG